AUGCCGGUUGGGUCUGGUUAGUAAGGAAGGCCUUUGGGAGUGAUGCCUGUUGGGUCUGGUUAGUAAGGAAGGCCUUUGGGAGUGAUGCCUGUUGGGUCUGGUUAGUAAGGAAGGCCUUUGGGAGUGAUGCUUGUUGGGUCUGGUUAGUAAGGAAGGUCGUUGGGAGUGAUGCCUGUUGGGUCUGGUUAGUAAGGAAGGCCUUUGGGAGUGAUGCCUGUUGGGUCUGGUUAGUAAGGAAGGCCUUUGGGAGUGAUGCCUGUUGGGUCUGGUUAGUAAGGAAGGUCGUUGGGAGUGAUGCCUGUUGGGUCUGGAUAGUAAGGAAGGCCUUUGGGAGUGAUGCCUGUUGGGUCUGGUUAGUAAGGAAGGCCUUUGGGAGUGAUGCCUGUUGGGUCUGGUUAGUAAGGAAGGCCUUUGGGAGUGAUGCCUGUUGUGUCUGGUUAGUAAGGAAGGCCUUUGGGAGUGAUGCCUGUUGGGUCUGGUUAGUAAGGAAGGCCUUUGGGAGUGAUGCCUGUUGGGUCUGGUUAGUAAGGAAGCUCGUUGGGAGUGAUGCCUGUUGGGUCUGGAUAGUAAGGAAGGUCGUUGGGAGUGAUGCCUGUUGGGUCUGGAUAGUAAGGAAGGCCUUUGGGAGUGAUGCCUGUUGGGUCUGGUUAGUAAGGAAGGUCGUUGGGAGUGAUGCCUGUUGGGUCUGGUUAGUAAGGAAGGCCUUUGGGAGUGAUGCCUGUUGGGUCUGGUUAGUAAGGAAGGUCGUUGGGAGUGAUGCCUGUUGGGUCUGGAUAGUAAGGAAGGCCUUUGGGAGUGAUGCCUGUUGGGUCUGGUUAGUAAGGAAGGCCUUUGGGAGUGAUGCCUGUUGGGUCUGGAUAGUAAGGAAGGCCUUUGGGAGUGAUGCCUGUUGGGUCUGGUUAGUAAGGAAGUGUGAUGCGUGAUUUGAAGGAGUCAGGCGCAGGAGGGUAAAUCACAGUAUACAGAGUUUAUUCCGUAAUACAGCAUUAACCAGUCCAGUACGCAAAACAGACGCACUGGAACAAACAGGCACACAGGGAAAAUACCCCGGCAAUACAAAAUACACGGAGCUCAACCGAGCUGCUAUCUACUCACAAUAAACAAUCACCCACAAGGACAAGGGAGCAGAGGGAACACUGUUACACAGACCAAUGAGGGGAUUAGAACCAGGUGUGUGUAAUAGACAAAACAAAUGGAAUGAUGAGAUGAGGAGCGGCAGUGGCUAGAAGGCCGGUGACGACGAACGCCGAAGCCUGCCGGAACAAGGAGAGGAGGCAGCUUCAGAGGAAGUCGUGACAGGAAGGCCGUUGGGAGUGAUGCCUGUAUAGUCUGGUUAGUAGUCUGGAAGAAGAAGAAGAAGAAGAGGGAGAGAGCCUGUGUGUGUGUGUGUGUGUGUGUGUGUGUGUGUGUGUGUGUGUGUGUGUGUGUGUGUGUGUGUGUGUGUGUGUGUGUGUGUGUGUGUGUGUGUGUGUGGUGUGUGUGUGUGUGUGUGUGUGUGUGUGUGUGUGUGUGUGUGUGUGUGUGUGUGUGUGUGUGUGUGUGUGUGCGUGCGUGCUUGCGUGCGUGCGUGCGUGCGUGUGUGUGUGUGUGCGUGUGCAUGCGGGUGUGUGUGGAGUUGGCCUCUGGGUGUGUGUGUGUGUGUGUGUGUGUGUGUGUGUGUGUGUGUGUGUGUGUGUGUGUGUGUGUGUGUGUGUGUGUGUGUGUGUGUGUGUGUGUGUGUGUGUGUGCGUGUGCGUGUGUGUGUGUGUGUGUGUGCGUGUGCAUGCGGGUGUAUGUGGAGUUGGCCUCUGGGUGUGUGUGUGUGUGUGGAGUUGGCCUCUGGGUGUGUGUGUGUGUGUGGAGUUGGCCUCUGGGUGUGUGUGUGUGUGUGGAGUUGGCCUCUGGGUGUGUGUGUGUGUGUGGAGUUGGCCUCUGGGUGUGUGUGUUUGGAGUUGAUUGUCUGAAUCACUGGAUCUGUCCCAAAUGGCACCCUAAUCCCCAUAUAGUGCACUACUAUUGACCAGAGAAUGGCACCCUAAUCCCCAUAUAGUGCACUACUAUUGACCAGAGCCCAUAGGACUCCUUAACCAUUUGGGACCGGUGCACUGACUAUCAGUCCAUUGUCAGCUGUCUGCCUGCCAGGAAAUCAAUGAAGUGCUAACAAACCUGACAAUCACUAUCCCUCCUGCAGAAUCACCCCUUAAAGUUGGUGGCUCAUUUGAAAAGCCGUUGAAAAGGUCUACGCUCCCCUGACUCACUGACACCAGGUAAAACACGUACAGUACACAACUCUUCAAGUCAUCGGGAGUAGCCCAGUUCCUCUGAACAAAAGGGAGAAAUCCUACAGCAGAAACCUUUAAGGUCCAGUGCAGCCGUUUUUUUAUCUCAACAUCAAAUCAUUCCUCGGUAACAAUUGAUAAUCUUACUGUGAUUGUGUUCAAUUAAAAUGGUCAAAAAAUAAACCUAAAAAAAGAUUAUUGGCAAAGAGCCAUUUAGCUAGGACUGUCUGGGAGUGGUCUGAGUGGGGAGGGGACAACUGAAAAGUAGCUGUUAUUGGCAGAGAGGUUCGGAACUCUAUUUCUUAUUGGUCUAGUAACUAAUUUACCGCAUGAUGAUGUCACCGUGGAAAGGCCAAAACUCCAUCCCACCAAAACAGGCUGAAAUUUCAGCCGGUCUUUUCAAACAGCUCUUACAACAAAAGGGCACUAUCAUAAUUUUCACAAAUGCUCAAGCCUUUUGUGGGGCCUAAUUGAGAUUUGCUUGGGGAUUCAAAUUUGUGAUUGACUUAGUGUUGUUGUUUGUCUAUUGCUAUUUUUGUAUAACGUACCUUCAGAUCACUGAAACCCCACCUGAUGUGGUGGAAGUUGUCGAACCAGAUCAGAAAGCCUUCGAGGACCACCUUCAGGCACGGACUGAGAAGGAUGUGGAGGUUUUCGACCAGGUAAAAACGAUUGUCCGCUGUUAAUUUAUUUUCUGGCCCUCCAAGAGAUAUUUAAGAAAUAUAUUUGUAAUAUGAAAUAUAAUUGCAUUUAUUCCUGUUAUCAAUCAAGGUGAGAACAUGAACAAGGUGCAGGAGAAACAAGAAUCAAGAAGGGCACCAAGUGCUACGACAUCCGGGCGAAUGACUUGGUUUGGAAGAAGGACGAAAGGAAGGCGAGACCUGGGAAACCUCGCUGCUCUUUCACUCCUAGCUGGGGUCACCAUCCAUUAAGGUGAAUGUAAAACAUCUCAGAUAAUAACUAUUUGCAUUUGCACACAAAAUAACCUGAAGCUAGUUUUAGUUUCCCUAACACUGAUAUUUUUCUCUUUGUCUUCCUAGGGUUUCCUCGGUGGAAGCCAACAAUCUUCUGCAGUUGGAGCAGUUGGACGGUCGACCACUGAAAGCACUGACCCCCUACACUACGGUGAAGCACAACAGACAAAGUAUGUUAAGCUUUGGUUGACAUUUCAGAAAGCAAGAAAUGGUAGUUAUGCUGAAUUUAGAAAAAUUUACCUCUUCAAUUUACCUCUCCAAAUGACUUUAGGACCAUCGACUGUCCGAGCCCCCCAGAGGGUAUCCCAUCCACCAGAACCAGUGAGUUCGGAUCAGUCUGAUUCUCUGUGCUCUGAGUCGGAGGCGGACCAGCUUGAGGUAGGCUAUACCUUCCAAAAGUGUUGAAAAGUACAUAUCUCCCAUUUAUAACACUGCACUAAUCCAUCAAAGUUUCUCCCAGUAAAGUGUAACCUGUGUGUUUUCUUGUUUACGUCUCGGUCUCCUGUCUCUCACUGUUCAAAUAAACCUACCAUUAAAAUGAUAGACUGAUCAUGUCUUUGUCAGUGGGCAAACAUACAAAAUCAGCAGGGGAUCAAAUACUUUUUCCCCUGACUGUAGGCUACCCUGUAACCCUGCACCAGUAUUGAUGGUAUACUGUAGGUUACCCUGUAACCCACUCACUAACUGUACCUCUCUGUACCCUGCUUUGCAAACAAGCUGUGUUCGAUGCAGCUGAGCCAACACAUCUAGACAUUGUAGAGCUGCCAAUGGUGCAGGAACACAUAGUCGUAAACACACACACACACACACACACACACACACCACAUGGCCGUAAACCCUUCCUACAGGUGGCUCCUCUACAGUCUCUCCCCAUCUCUGUGCGUGUGUGUGUGUCCGUGGGUGCAUGUGAGCCACCUGUCCGUGGGUGCAUGUGAGCUAUCAUGUCAACACAUCUAGACAUUGUAGACACUCGCGUGUGUGUCUGUGUGUAUGCGUGUCUGUGUGUGUGUGCGUGCGUGCGUGCAUGCGUGUAUGCGUGCGUGCGGUGUGAUUGACAUGUGUGGAGCGAGGAAUAUGUCUGAUGUUAUCUCAAUGGACCGAUACAGUUAUAAUUAGGCUGUUUUUUUGCUUGGAUAUACAUGUCUGUUAAAUUACCAAUAUGUAAAUGCAUCAUGUCCUCUCACUACUGGUGUUCCCCAGGGUUGGUUCGAGCCGUUUUCUUCUCCAGAGACCAUGUCACUCAUCUCCUGGUCUCUCCUAUCGUUGCUAUGCCGAUGACACUCAACUACUUUUCUCCUUCCCCCCUUCUGACACCCAGGUGGCGACACGCAUCUCUGCGUGCUUGGCAGAUAUCUCAGCUUGGAUGUUGGCCCACCACCUCAAGCUCAACCUCGACAAGACGGAGCUGCUCUUCCUCCCGGGGAAGUCCUGCCCGCUCCAAGACCUCUCCAUCACGGUCAACCACUCCACGGUGUCCCCCUCCCAGAGUGCAAAGAACCUUGGCAUAACACUGGACAACAUCCUGUCAUUCUCUACAAGCAUCUAAACAGUGACUCGCUUCUAUAGGUUCAUGCUCUACAACAUCUGUAGAGUAAGACCUUUCCUCACACAGGAAGCGGCGCAGGUCCUAAUCCAGGCACUCGUCAUAUCCAGUCUGGGCUCCCCGCUUGUCCCAUCAAACCCCCUUGCAAUUUAUCCAGAACGCUGCAGCCCGCCUGGUGUUCAAGCUGCUCUCCCAUGUCACUAGUCUUUUCUUACUGGUACCGACUUUGCUGAGAACUUCUUUAUUGAGAAAGAAUUGACUUACUACGACUGUGAUCUGUUGUUGUCUCACCUUGCUACCUAAAGAUGAAUGCCCUAACUGUAAAUCGCUCUGGAUUAAUAGCGUCUGCUAAAUGACUAAAAGGUAAAUGUAUUUAAAACUUCAAUUGCAGUUUAAAACAGUAAAGGACAGAAUCAUCUGAUCAUCAGAAUGGUUCAUUUAGUAGAUAAAUUAAGGUCUGAGACUGAAACAAUAUUACCGGUGCUGAGACUGAAUCGAUAUUACCGGUGCUGAGACUGAAUCGAUAUUACCGGUGCUGAGACUGAAUCGAUAUUACCGGUGCUGAGACUGAAUCGAUAUUACCGGUGCUGAGACUGAAUCGAUUUUACCGGUGCUGAGACUGAAUCGAUAUUACCGGUGCUGAGACUGAAUCGAUAUUACCGGUGCUGAGACUGAAUCGAUAUUACCGGUGCUGAGACUGAAUCGACAUUACCGGUGCUGAGACACAAGUCUGCACAUUCACUCUAGGGCCUGGUUUGGUCGCUGACACUGACCCUAGGUCAGGGACGGGCAACUCCAGCCCUCGGGGCCUGAAUGGUGUCACACAUUUUUGCCCCAGCCCCAGUUAACACACCUGACUCCAAUCAGUCAACUAAUCACGAUUUUCAGUUUAGAAUGCAAUUAGUUUAAUCAGCUGUGUUCGCUAGGGAUUGGGGGGGAAAAGAGUGUGACACCGCUCCGUCCCUGAUCUAGGGUCAGUAUCAGCGACCAAACCGGGCUCUAAAGGUCACCAACCAUCACAGACAACAGAGGCCAACCCCACAAACAGGCAUCAGAGUUUCCGGAUGCAUCUGUACUAUCCAUCACUCCAACACACAUAGUGAACCAGUUAGCAGUGUCAAAGGUGCAUCGUGUACAUUUCCCACCUGGACAAGAGGAACACCUACGUGAGAAUGCUGUUCAUUGACUACAGCUCAGCGUUCAACACCAUAGUGCCCUCAAAGCGCAUCACUAAGCUAAGGACCCUGGGACUAAACACCUCCCUCUUCAACUGGAUCCUGGACUUCCUGACGGGCCGCCCCCAGGUGGUAAGGGUAGGCAACAACACAUCCGCCACGCUGAUCCUCAACACGGGGGCCCUCAGGGGUGCGUGCUCAGUCCCCUCCUAUACUCCCUGUUCACCCUUGACUGCGUGGCCAAACACGACUCCAACACCAUCAUUAAGUUUGCUGACGACACAACAGUGGUAGGCCUGAUCACUGACAACGACGAGACAGCCUAUAGGGAGGAGGUCAGAGAUCUGGCAGUGUGGUGCCAGGACAACAACCUCUCCUUCAAUGUGAGCAAAAUAAUAAAUAUAAAUAAUAAUAAAUAACACAAAGGAGCCGAACAGGCCCCCAUUAACAUCGACGGGGCUGUAGUGGAGCGGGUCGAGAAUUUCAAAUUCCUUGGGUGUCCACAUCACCAACAAACUAUCAUGGUCCAAACACACCAAGACAGUCGUGAAGAGGGCACAACUGGGAAACAUCCAUGGCAGGCAGUGUUGUCACGGACAAUUUUCUUGGAAAAGAUGUACAAGAAGGGAAUAAUAUUUAUGAAGGAUAAUUUAAGAUAAGAUAAGAUAAGAUAAGAUAAGAUACGAUAAGAUAAGUUAAGAUAAGAUAAGAUAAGAUAAGAUAAGAUAAGUAAACUAGAAUGGUAAAAUGACAUCACACAAGCAACUAACAAUAAUGUAUGGAGGUUUAAAAAUCAUAAAUGGUUUAAAAUGAUAAGUAUAAUUUUUUUUUUUUAAUCAGUUUUCACUUAAAGUCAAAAUGUUUGGCAGCAAUACCGUAUAAAAUACAAGUCAGUUGGCAUUGGGUCUAUGAACUGACACACAGUAUAAAACAACUAUUGACACGUCAAUCCAAUCUUUUCAAUUUAAGAUAUUAUAUAAUAUACUUGCUACAAAAAGAAUGCUCAGUAUAUGGGGCAUUGAACAGUCAGCCUUGUGCAACGAGGAAACAGAAUCAAAUAGAGCAUAUUUUCUGGUACUGUCCAUCAGUGGCUCGCUUUUGGAGUCAGGUCCAGGAAUGGUUGUUAUGUCAUAACAUCAGGGUUCGGUUUGACCUGCAAACUGUAUUGUUAGGGGAUCUGAAAAACCACAAUCAGUCAAUUGGAAAUGUAAUUAUACUCUUGAGUAAAGUAUUUAUUUUUUGGGCAAUAUCGGUAUAAAUGUUACAGCCUCUAGUGAAGGCUAUUUAACCGUCUGAUGGCCUUAAGAUAGAAGCUGUUUUUCAUUCUCUCGGUCCCAGCUUUGAUGCACCUGUACUGACCUUGCCUUCUGGAUGAUAGCGGAGUGAACAGGCAGUGGCUCGGGUGGUUGUUGUCCUUGAUUAUCUUUUUGGCCUUCCUGUGACAUCGGGUGCUGUAGGUGUCCUGGAGGGCUGGUAGUUUGCCCCCGGUGAUGCGUUGGGCAGACCGCACCACCCUCUGGAGAGCACUGCGGUUGCGGGCGGUGCAGUUGCCGUACCAGGCGGUGAUACAGCCCGACAGAAUGUUCUCAAUUGUACAUCUGUAAAAGUUUGGGAGGGUUUUAGGUGCCAAGCCACAUUUCUAUAGCCUCCUGAGGUUGAAGAGGUGCUGUUGCUCCUUCUUCACCACACUGUCUGUGUGGGUGGAACCAUUUCAGUUUGUCAGUGAUGUGUGCGCCAAGGAACCUUCUCCACUGCGGUCCCGUCGAUGUGGAUAGGGGGGUGCACCCUCUGCUGUUUCCUGAAGUCCACGAUCAUCUCCCUUGUUUUGUUGACGUUGAGUGAGAGGUUAUUGUACCUGGCACCACACUCCCAGAGCCCUCACCUCCUCCCUGUAGGCUGUCUCGUCAUUGUUGGUAAUCAAGCCUACUACUGUUGUGUCGUCUGAAAACUUGAUGAUUGAGUUGGAAGCGUGCUUGGCCACGCAGUCAUGGGUGAACAGGGAGUACAGGAGGGGGCUGAGCACGCACCCUUGUGGGGCCCCUGUGUUGAGGAUCAGCGAAGUGGAGAUGUUUUUUCCUACCUUCACCACCUGGGGGCAGCCCGUCAGGAAGUCCAGGACCCAGUUGCACAGGGGGGGUUCAGACCCAGGGCCUCGAGCUUAAUGAUGAGCUUGGAGGGUACUAUGGUGUUGAAGGCUGAGCUAUAGUCAAUGAACAGCAUUCUUACAUAUGUAUUCCUCUUGUCCAGAUGGGAUAGGGCAGUGUGCAGUGUGAUGGCAAUAUAUCUGUGGAUCUAUUGGGGCGGUAAGCAAAUUGAAGUGGGUCUAGGGUGACAGGUAAGGUAGAGGUGAUAUGAUCCUUAACUAGCCUCUCAAAGCAUUUCAUGAUGACAGAGGUGAGUGCUACGGGGCAAUAGUCAUUUAGUUCAGUUACCUUUGGUUUCUUGGGUACAGGGACAAUGGUGGACAUCUUGAAGCAUGUGGGGACAGCAGACUGGGAUAGGGAGAGAUUGAAUAUGUCCGUAAACACUCCAGCCAGCUGGUCUGAGCAUGCUCUGAGGACACGUCUAGGGAUGCCAUCUGGGCCGGCAGCCUUGCAAGGGUUAACACGCUUAAAUGUCUUAAUCACGUUGGUCACGGAGAAGGAGAGCCCAUCUACACCUGCUCUUUCCAUGACAUAGACUAACCAGGUGAAUCCAUGAGACAAUUGAGACAUGGAUUGUGUAUGUGUGCCAUUCAGAGGGUCAAUGGGCAAGACUAAAUAUUUAAAUGCCUUUGAACGGGGGUAUGGUAGUAGGUGCCAGGCGCACCGGUUUGUGUCAAAAACUGCAACGCUGCUGGGUUUUUCACGCUCAACAGUUUCCCGUGUGUAUCAAGAAUGGUCCCACCACCCAAAGGACACCCAGUCAACUUGACACAACUGUGGGAAGCGUUGGAGUCAACAUGGGCCAGCAUCCCUGUGGAACGUCUUCGACACCUUGUAGAGUCCAUGCCUCGACGAAUUGAGGCUGUUCUGAGGGCAAAAGGGAACUCAAUAUUAGGAAGGUGUUCUUAUUGUUUUGCAAACUCAGUGUAAGUGUUUAACUACAGGUACCGUAGAUCUGAGUUAAACAGCUGUAAGAGGCAGUGGACGUAUUGUUGUCCGUCAGUUUGCUCCAAUCAGGGGAGAGAUGGUAGGGGGAAAAGUAUAGAGGAAAAUACAAUAGUAAAAGGGGAUUAGAAAUGAUAGAACCUGAUAGAACCUUAUAGAACCUGAUAGAACCUGAUAGAACCUGAUAUAACCUACAGUCUAUCUUCUCUAAGUAGCUAGUCCCCUAGUCUAUAUGCCUCACAGUCUUAUAGAUGUUCUCAAUGUCAUAGAGCAACUCCCAAAUGGCACCCUAUACCCCAUCAACCAAUCAACCAGUCAAUAGUAGUGCACUAUGUAGGGAAUAGGGUGCCAUUUGGGAUGCAGCUAUAGAGGCCAUGUGAGGCCCCUCUCUCCUCUCUCCUCUCUCCUCCUCUCUACCUCCAGGGUCGCCAUUGGGGCGUUGAUGGUGCUGGCUACUGGGCACCUCGGUCUCCACGAUAACAACACCAUGCCUUGGCCAGAGUUGUGACAUAGACGACUGGGGCUCGGGCUUUGAUGUCUCCAUGACAACCGUUGGCGCCAACAACAACACGUCCUCCUCCCAGCAGGCCGGUGACGACUCUACGCGGUCACAAACAGAGACAAGAGGAUCCUGGAUAAAUACAACCACCACCAACACCAUCACCUGCAUCAUCACAUACAUUAUCACCUACAUCAUCACCUACAUGAUAACUACCUACAUUAUCACCAACUACAUCAUCAUCACCACUGACACCAUUCUUCCGCUACGAGCCGGAAAAUUACGGAAUAUCAUCAUUUGCAAUGCUGUCCAUUUCCUUCCAUGGACUAUAGGGAAAAUGAAGCCAUUUCUGCUUCUUUCUUUUUAAGAAUAAUAUGUGAGUGAGCAUGUUGUGUAUUAUGUCGUCAGAGAGGAGCACCAGAGCUGUGAGGGGGUAUAUGUCAUUAUGUUGUGUAUUAUGUCAUCAGAGAGGAGCACCAAGCUGUGAGGGGGUAUUAUGUCAUUAUGUUGUGUAUUAUGUCAUCAGAGAGGAGCACCAGAGCUGUGAGGGGGUAUUAUGUCAUUAUGUUGUGUAUUAUGUCAUCAGGGAGGAGCACCAGAGCUGUGAGGGGGUAUUAUGUCAUUAUGUUGCGUAUUAUGUCAUCAGAGAGGAGCACCAGAGCUGUGAGGGGGUAUUAUGUCAUCAGGAGGAGCACCAGAGCUGUGAGGGGGUAUUAUGUCAUAGGGACAGUUGGGGUGUUUAUGUCAUCAGAGAGGAGCACCAGAGCUGUGAGGGGGUAGUCCAUAUGGUGUGUGAUGGAUCGGGGGACAGCUUGAAGGGGAUGUAUGGAGCUCAUGGUGGGAUACAAGUUAAUGUACAUGUAGAAACCAGUUUUAGUUAUAGCACUAGUCAGCCACUCAAUAUAAGGGGUUAUGGUAUGAAGAGAAACCAAUCCGUUGUCUAAUCAUUGAUCUAUUAUCAUCAGUCAUUUCAAAGAGAAACAAUUACAUAACUACCACAAGAGCACAGCAGGUGAGGUAGCAAUGGUCCAAGGGUAGAAAUCUCUCGAAGUCUGUAUGAACUGAGAGACCGAUCCUUACCGUCAUUCGUGAAUAUAUUUAACAGAAGUUAGCAGACAGCCAGGUCCAGAGAACAGAGUAUCACAUACGGUUAUUUGUUUAUAUGCCACCUGAAGACAUGAAACCUCUCCGCCUUGAUCGUUUAACAGCUGCUCUAUAACAGCUACAUCCCUGCACCAUCCUUUUCCCGUACCUAGACCCGUCCACCUUAGUGCCGAAUCUCUGCGUUGUUCCGCAGACUCUCAUCAGAACCAAGAUCUGUGGCCUGAGUGCCUGAUCAAUCAGUCCAUUUAAAAAGAAACCAAUACAUAACCACCCACAAGAGCAGGCAUAGAGUAACACGGCCAAGGGUAAAAAAUCUCUCGAAGUCUGUAUGAAAUCUUGAGAGACCCAUCCUUACCCUGUCAUUUCGUGAGAAUAUCUAAACAGACAGGUAGCCAGACAGCCAGGCAGAAACAGAGACAUCCACAUACGGUAUUAGUGUGAUCUAAUCAACUGAAAGACAGAAACCUCUCCCGGCUCAUUGAUUCGUUUAUACAGCGCUCUAUUAACAGUCACCUUAGCAACAACUGUUUUUCCCGGUACAUUAACCGUCACCUUAGUGACUGACUCUCUGUUGUUCCCAGACAUCUCAUCAGAACCAAGAUGUGGCCUGGAUCUCCGGCGUAUUUACCAUAAAAACCCUAAUCAAGACCUCUCUGGGGUUUAAUUACCUUUAAUAACCCUUGUGUGUCAUCAUUAGAACCAUGAGGUGGCCUGUCUCUGCCUUAAUACCUCCCUCCUCUCUAUCCCCCUCUCUCCUUCCUCCCCUCUCUCCGUCCUUCUCUCUUUCUCCCCUCUCUCUCCCUCCUCCUCUCUCUCUCUUCCUCCCCUCUCUCUCCUUCCUCCCCUCUCUCCUUCCUCCCCUCUCUCCCUGCUAACCCAGUGUGUUGUCUCCUGGUCAGAAUCAAAGAGGAGUCCCUGGUGUUUGAGGGCCUCCCCCAGGCAGCAGCAGACAUCGCUGUGAGGCUGGAUACUUUGUCUCAGACCCUCCAAGCCUCCGUCACCAAACAGGUCAAAGACUAAAACUCGCUUGAGAGACUCUUGAAAUAGCCUGGUCCAUUGCUAACGAAGAUAGCCUGGUCCCAGAUCUGUUUGUGCUGGCUCGCCAACUCCUGAUCAUAGAAGUUGGCAGCACGAACAGCUCUGGGACCAGGCAACUAAGGCCUAGAUUCAAUCGAUCAUGUUUUGACGGUGUUGGAGGUGUAACUAACUGCGUUGGAGCUGUCAAAUCGGUGAGAAGCUGCUCUUGUGAUCAGUGUCACGAAGCCACACCCGUUCCACUCGCGUUAGAAGUUCAGAAGGAGAAAGUGUAGCUAUAUAGAAAUAAUGACCCUCAAAAAAGGAAAAUCAUUUAACUAAAUAAUGAGGAUUUCUAUCAGCCUAAUGGAGGUGUAGAUUACCUCUCACAUUCCAGUGUUCAAACUUGUAAACAAGGCUGCAUGGGAUUGCUCUUAAUGCGACUCCGUGCAGCCAGUGGCAAUGUCCGCUUUAGGUUUCAUUCCGGGGAGCUGCUUGUGGAUUUGACAGGUCUAACACAUUCCACCUCUGAUACCGCCAAAACAACCGCUAUGUGGGUGUCGGCUAGCGGGGAUCUGAUAGACUCUGUCCCUAAGGAGAUCUCUCUGUAGACUUCACCCUCCUUCCUCUCUCCCUUUGCCCAGCAGCAGAAAGAGCUGACUGUCUGGUCCACUGUCUGGUCCACUGUCCGGUCCACUGUGCGGUCCACUGUCUGGUCCACUGUCCGGUCCAGCCACUAAUGCCACCUUCAACAUCUUUGUCUCUCAACAAAACAUACAUCUCGCUUGUCUGGAAUUGGAGGUCAGCAGGAUUCUACUGCUCUGUGUACUAUAAGGACUGUACUAAACAGAUACCUUGACAGGAAUGUUCUUUCUGGUCGUGUACUAUACCCAGCUAGCACAUUUGGUUCCUUGAAAGUUGUGGGAACCUAUGUUUUUGGUUUCACAUUGCUUGUGGGAAUGAAGCCAUACGUUUCCUGACCGGUAAAACUGAACAUCAACAUUUGCUCUGGGAAUGUUUAUUUUUAAGUUGCAGGGAGGUUCUGAGAUCUUUUUACUGUGAUUUCUUGAAAGUUUUCCUGGGAGGUUUUAUUAACGCUCUGAGAACGGAAAGUAUAGGUUAUUUUGAGGUUUUUGAAUAACUUCCUUAAAUCUUUCAAUGAAUGUUUCAAUAAAACUGCUAGCUUAUUUGGGGUUACAUUUUUUGGACUUCAUUCGCUUAGGCAUUAAUCAUGCAAACAUAUUUAUUUUUCAGUGAGAUUCGAACCUAUAAUCUUCUGUUUUCUAGUCCACUGUGCCACCAGGAUGGAACUAGCAUACAAAGCUGUUAAUUUUAGUAUAUUCAAACAGACUCCAUUUCAAAAGAAACAAGCAUUCAUUAAGAUCAGGUGUGCUACCAAAAAUAAUUUACUGAAACUUGUUACAAAUGACGGUGUCAGCCAUGAUUCACCAAACAAUAUUUUGAAAGUGGAAGCAAAGUACUUUCAGCAUACGUUUUCGUUUCAGUCUCCUCCAUCUCUACUAACCGAAGUUAAUUGUAUGGAUUUAUUUUCUAUUAAUAAUGUAAAAUUAACAGCUGUACAGAAAGACUCAUGUGAAGGCCAAAUUACAGAGGAGGAACUUCUUGAUGCAAUUAAAGCCUUUAAGUCCAGGAAAACUCCAGGGCUGGAUGGCAUACCAGUUGAGGUAUAUCAAAUAUGUUCUGAUACACUCAAAGGUCCGUUAUUAACAUGUUUUAAUCACUCCUAUAAAAAUGGUAGAUUAUCAGAUACUCAACAAGAAGGUUGAAUUUUCAUUACUACUGAAACAGGACCCAGGUGGUAAAUAUAAAGAUCCAGUCCAUUUAAAAAACUUGUCACGAUCGUCGUAUUGAACAGACCAAGGCGCAGCGUGAUGAACGAACAUGUUUAACUUUAUUAUCUUUAGUGAUAAUAGAACACAAUCAACAAAACAAGAAACGACUCGUGAAGUCCACGGUAACAAUGACCGAACACGGAACAAGAACCCACAAACACAAAGGGAAAACCGACAGUUUAAAUAUGGCUCCCAAUCAGAGACAACCAACGACAGCUGACACUCGUUGCCUCUGAUUGGGAGUCACUCUAGCCAACAUAGAAAUAAACCCAACAGAAUUACCAACAUAGAAAUAAACACAUAGAAUGAACACACCCUGGCUCAACAUAUAGAGUCCCAGAGCCAGGGUGUGACAAAACUCCAGGGCUGGAUGGCAUACCAGUAUACCAAACCUUUUUUGAUAUACUCAGAGCACCGUUAUUAACAAUGUUUUAACACUCCUAUAAAAAUGGUAGAUUAUCAGAUACUCAACAAGAAUGUCUGAUUUCAUUGCUACGGAAAAAUAGAUGAUUGUCAUUCUGGAAGGUUCUCCCAUCUCCAUAAAGGAACUCGAGUGACCAUCGGGUUCUUGGUCACCUACCUGACCAAGGCCCUUCUCCCUUGAUUGUACAUGAGGUAUUUCUAUUUUUAAUUUGUAAUACAUUUUGCAAACAUUUCUAAAAAUCUUUGUCAUUAUGGGGUAUUUUGUGUAGAUUUAUGAGGGUUAUUUUUUUAAAUCCAUUUUAUAAUAAGGCUGUAACGUAACAAAAUGUGGAAAAGUCAAGGGGUCUAAAUACAUUCCGAAUGCGCUGGAUAUGGGGGAUACAACCAUCCCAGCUCUGCAGGUUUUGCUGCGAAGAGACAAUAAUUAGAUCAUUUGUUUUGGUACUAUCCAUAUGUAGCUUGUUUUUGGUCGAAGGUUCAGGAAUGGUGAAGAAGUGCAACAUUUACCUGGAGCUAACUCUGCAAAUAGCACAGCUGGGUGAUUUGAAAAGUCAUAGUCAAUCAAUCAAUAAUAUAAUAAUACUUUUGGCAAAAUUGUUUAUCUUUAAUUUACAAUCUGUAGAAACUAUGAGAAUAGAAAGGUUCAGAACUUUUGUGAAACAUCACAGCACAGUUGAAAAGUAUAUGGCAAGAAGAAAUGGAUGGUCUUCAGAGAUAGAUGGGAGAGGUUGAGGGUAGCUGAAGGAUGGGAUUAAAAACAAAACAAAAAUAGAACUAAAGUCUGGACACACCUACUCAUUCCAGUGUGCAAAUCUGUCAUCAAGGCAAAGGGUGGCUACUUUGAAGAAUCUCAAACAUAAAAUAUAUUUUGAUUUGUUUAACACUUCUUUGGUUCCUACAUGAUUCCAUAUGUGUUAUUUCAUAGUUUUGAUGUCUUCACUAUUAUUCUACAAUGUAGAAAAUAGUAAAAAUAAAGAAAAACCCUGGAAUGAGUAGGUGUGUCCAAACUUUUGACUGGUACUGUAUAUAUUUUUAAGCUAAACAGGUGGGGCUCAAAACAGGUGGGGUUCUGCCCUGAAUGACGGGUCGCCUCUGUCUGUCUGUCUGUCUGUCUGUCUGUCUGUCUGUCUGUCUGUCUGUCUGUCUGUCUGUCUGUCUGUCUGUCUGUCUGUCUGUCUGUCUGUCUGUCUGUCUGUCUGUCUGUCUGUCUGUCUGUCUGUCUGUCUGUCUGUCUGUCUGUCUGUCUGUCUGUCUGUCUGUCUGUCUGUCUGUCUUGGUCUGUCUGUCUGUCUGUCUUGGUCUGUCUGUCUGUCUGUCUUGUCUUGGUCUGUCUGUCUGUCUGUCUUGGUCUGUCUGUCUGUCUGUCUUGGUCUGUCUUGGUCCCAGGGUAAGGAUGGAGAUCAGGAGAAGCUCAGGGCAGCUUUUAGUGGUUGGCGGGUUUUCCCUCUCUUGCUAGGAAAGCAAUAUCCUGGAAUUCAUACUGAAUAUCGCUCUGUUUCACUUUUGUUUAUCAGUGAAAAGACACAUGUGAAACAGGGUGAUAUUCAGCUAAUUCCAGGCUAGAAAAGCAAAGUGAUUUGUAAAUAAAGGAAAUUGUAUACGAGUGCAAUGGGUUAUAUGUGAGAGGGUAUGUUAUGCUGUGAGAGAAAGAUAUACUGUAUGCAGUGAAUUGGUGAGGAAAUGGGCAGCCAGGCUGAGGUGAUUGUUGCAUGAGUGACUUUGACCCCCAUUCCUUGUCAGAGUUCAAACGACAACCCACUCCCGUUGAAUGGGUUGGAAACAGAGUGCAUCCCAAAUGGCACCCUAUACCCUAUAUAGUGCACUACUUUAGAGCCCUAUGGAACCGGGCCAAAAGUAGUGCACUACAUAGUGGAUAGGGUGCCAUUCUCUGGCCUAAAGUAGUGCACUACAUAGUGGAUAGGGUGCCAUUUGCAACUGAACCACACACAGCCCUGACCUGAAGUAUACAAGAUCAAUGGGGCUUUAUAUAGAUGGCUUCCACUGGGAUAAUGUUGUGUAUGGUUCCACUGGGGUAAUGUUGUGUAUGGUUCCACUGGGGUAAUGUUGUGUAUGGUUCCAGGGGGUAAUGUUGUGUAUGGUUCCACUGGGGUAAUGUUGUGUAUGGUUCCAGGGGAUACUGUUGUGUAUGGUUCCAGGGGAUACUGUUGUUGGGGUUUUAGGCUGGGUUUUAUGUAUAGCACUUUGUGACAUCUGCUGAUGUAAAAAGGGCUUUAUAAAUAAAUACAUUUGAUUGAUUGAUUGAUUGUGUAUGGUUCCAGGUGAUAAUGUUGUAAAGGGAAAAUAGCAUUGCCGUGACAUGGAGGGGAGGCCAGGUUGUUUGUUGUGUUGACCCCAUCCCUUUAAGAGUUUAAAGGAACAACAUGAGAUGGAGGGGAGGCCAGGUUGUUUGUUGCGUUGACCCCAUCCCUUUAAGAGUUUAAAGGAACAACAUGAGAUGGAGGGGAGGCCAGGUUGUUUGUUGCGUUGACCCCAUCCCUCUAAGAGUUUAAAGGAACAACAUGAGAUGGAGGGGAGGCCAGGUUGUUUGUUGCGUUGACCCCAUCCCUUUAAGAGUUUAAAGGAACAACAUGAGAUGGAGGGGAGGCCAGGGUGUUCGUUGCGUUGACCCCAUCCCUGUAAGAGUUUAAAGGGACAACAUGAGAUCAUUCAUCUCCUUCCCCUCCAGUUAAGGAGUUAGAAACACACAGACCUGUGUACAGCCCUGUGGCUCUGGUCUAAAGUAGUGCACUAUAUAGGGAAUAGGGUGCCAUUCUCUGGUCUAAAGUAGUGCACUAUAUAGGGAAUAGGGUGCCAUUCUCUGAUGUAAAGUAGUGCACUAUAUAGGGAAUAGGGUGCCAUUCUCUGGUCUAAAGUAGUGCACUAUAUAGGGAAUAGGGUGCCAUUCUCUGAUCGAAAGUAGUGCACUAUAUAGGGAAUAGGGUGCCAUUUGGGACACAGUCCUUGUCUGAGGUCAGUGACAGCAGUGAUUUAUCCAGGAGGGGAAUUCUGAAACGAUAUUAGUAAUUAUGAAAUUAUAAAGGUAUAGUGUAUUCAUUAAGUAUAUGGCCAUAUGUUUAUGUUAUUUUUUGUUUUGUUUAAUCCAGCUGUGA